AUGGCUUUCGCUAUAGAACGCAGUUAUUCCGAAUAUUCAAAGUUGAGGGACGAUGUGGAUGUCGCUGCUACACUAUUCAGGGAUUUCGGAAAAGGUCUCAUCAAGAAAUGCGGACUCUCUCCGGAUGCGUUUGUACAGAUGGCGAUACAGCUUGCAAACUACAGGGACCAACAACGCUUUGUUCUCACCUAUGAGGCGGCAUCAGCUCGUUUCUACAAGAACUCCCGUACCGAAACUCUUCGCACGAAGGACGAAAAGAUAGCUAAGCUACGGAAGGCAUGCGCUGUUCACACAAACAAUAACAGAGAGGCCAUGGUAGGCCGUGCGGUCGAUCGACAUUUGUUCGUUUUGUAUGUUCUUUCUCAAGGAACACUUAUAUCUAGUCCCUUCCUGGAUCACUAUAUCUCACAACAAUGGCUUUUGUCUACUUCACAUGUACCCAACGUAACUAACCAGAUAGAUGAAGAUACAGAGCCAUGGAGAACGUGGACUGGCGCUUGUUUUGGAGCUGUAGCGAAAAACGGUUACGGUGUGUGCUAUCGAUUCGGAGGGAACCACGGCAUUUUCGCUCAUGUGACCAGUUACAAGUCCGCUGAAAACACGGCAAGUUCCUCCGGUGAUUACUAUUCCCGAGUAAUUCAGGACUCCGCUCGAUUCCGAAACCAUCUUACUACAGCAUUCAAGGAAAUGGCUGCACUUUUCCAAGAAGCGAAAUGA